AUGCCGAACGACAGCCAGCCGCUUGUCGUUGUCAAGAUGGGUGGUGAACCUAUUUAUGUGAGAUUCGAUCCCAACACGACCGACCUUACGGACGAAGGUCUACCCUUGGGUGUGCACAACAUUAAAGACUGUAAGGGCGGCGUUGAUCAUGGAGGGCCUGUCAUUCUCAUCGCCGACAAGAAAGACCUAAAAGUUGAGAAUAUUGCCACUGAUCUCAUCAUUGGCGUCGUCAUGAAUUUCAGCUGGCAUCCGAGUCUUGGAUGCCACGUCCAUUUCGCUCUGGCGAGCAACUUCUCUGAAUGGGCGGAAGAGGCGCGCACAGAAAUAUGA